GUUGAUACUUCUAUCGAAUCCAAUUUAAAUCUAAUCUCCCUCAACUGCAACUACCGUUGACUUCCGGUAUCAGCUGGAACCACAGUUCAACGGAAAUGGCUACAGCGGAACGCUUGGUUCGCUCCUGGAUGGCAUCAGAGAAGGACUCCGAGAUCGACGAGACCGUUGCUGGAAUAUCGAGUGGACAGUUAACGUUGUUAGACAUUAUAAGGGUUCUCGGUGAAUUCUUGACAUCAGAGGAGGAUCGCUUACGGACGAAAGGUGUCGAGUUCCUCUCGUCUGUUCUGGGACGAUGUCCACAUGAAAGACUCAAUCGCCAGGCUAUCCGCGUGCUCACUACGUUUUAUUGCAGCAAACUCGAAGAUCUUGAGACCAUCAUCCCUGCACUCAAAGGUCUCUCUUACCUUGUCAAGUUUCCUAAUAUACAGUCGGCUGAGGUGAAGGAUAUCACACCCAGUAUAUUCGCCAACGUCAAAAUGAGAGCCCUCGUGCAGUCCACUCGCUUCUUCGUCUUCUCGAUUGUCGACUCUCUGAUAUCAAACCAUCGAGACGCCCUGAAGGAAAUGGGAAGUACUUUCCUUGCUGGAUACGUUAACCUUGCAGUUGGAGAGAAAGACCCUCGAAAUCUCAUGUUGGCAUUUGCCAUUGCUCGAGUCUUGCUUGUGGAAUUCGAUACUUAUGCUCAUACUGAGGAUUUCUUUGACAUAACAUUCUGCUACUUUCCUAUCACUUUCCGACCACCACCAGACGAUCCCUAUGGCAUCAGUGUAGAUGAUCUGAAGCAAUCUCUUCGACUUUGCUUGAGCGCAACCCCAACCUUCGGUCCACUUGGCAUUCCAGUCUUUCUGGAAAAGCUCACUGCUGGAUCACCUUCAACCAAGCGAGACACUCUACAUGUAAUGUCCAUCUGUCUCCCGGUCUACGGACCUGCUGUGUCGCGUGAGUUUGGGAAGAAGGUGUGGAGCUCUCUGAAACUUGAAAUAUUUCAACCGACUGAUCCAGAUACCGAACAAUCAGCCCUUGAUACACUUCAAGUCCUUGUCAGAACCAUUCAUGCCGAUAACUCCCAAGACUCAGUAAGCGAGGACUCCAUAACGGGCCUUGCGCGAGACAUGUGCAACGAGUGCAUGCAAGCGUUGAAGGAGCCCGAGAAAGCCCAAGCAAGAGCCGCGAUGAAGCUUCUCAUCAGAAAUUUCCAUGACCCAGAUGAAGUGUCGAACCGGGCGUCGGUGGUCAACGCCCUCCUUGGGCUCCUCAUCGUUAGUCUGAAAGCACCUGCGACGUGCCUACCAGCACUGCAUGGUCUGACCGCACUUGUGCGCACUCCUAAAUUAGUAGCUGAUGAUGAGCUUGGGUACAUAGUCCUCGAGGUAAGCGAGCUUUUAAGCAAGGAGCCUGACGAAGUAGAAGACGUAACCACGGACAUCCUCGCUCUCCUCACUGUUAUCGCUGGUAUCGCGCCGCACCAUCUAUCAUCGCAGUCGCUCCCAAUCCUUUUUUCCUCCCUCCCAGAUGUUACACCAUCUAGAGAUGCCACCGCGCAGCGCGCAUUUUACUGGCGUGCCCUUUCGGCUCUCAGUACCCUUUGUGUGCAACCGCAACUUUUUGAGACGCUGGUGGUCAGGCUCAUCGCUAAACUUGACCUUCUCUGUGCAAUCUCGCCUACUCGGACGAUUGACCAGGAGAGUACAGCUGCGUAUGCCCAUGCUAUUCUCACGGCACUCGCAAAUACACUCGACGCCAAAGUCUCUUUAAAGGACCCAGAUGUUCCCAAGUAUGCUGACCAGCUAUUGCCGCACAUUUUCAAACUGUAUUUGGAAGCUGCGCUAGCGAGCUCGGAAGUGAUGGCUAUCACUGCAGAUCCCAGGUUGCUGCAAGUUGGGGCGAGGAUCAUCAGACUUGUGAGUCAGACCUUGAAUGUUGCGCGGCAAGAAAAACUCAUUGCGGCUGUGUUUGCCGCCUACACGCAAGGUGACGUGAAGCUGAUCACUGACGGCCUCUUAAACUCGACGACACCGUUUGCACCUCUCCAAUUGAAUGCCAGUCCCCGACAACGGAAUAGUUUCACUCUUUUCUCUUCUACCAUUGUCCCACUAUGCAAGGAGGUCCGCAUGCCUUGGAGUGAUAAUCCAUCUAGUACAUCAUUCCAACGAGAUGCUGCAUCACAGAUUCUUGCGUCCAUUGUUAACAAACAUGUUGAGGAUGCAUCCGACUUUCUAUCGUCCCAGCUGGAGAGCUAUUCAUCAUCAACGCUCAAAAACACAAGUAUCCCAGCAGAAGAACGAAGAAACGCGAUCAGCACCUGGAUAUCGAUCACAAGGGCACUCCUUGUGCGCGCACAUCCCACCGCAAAUCCAUUCAUCGACCAGUUGUUCGAGCUUUUGGAUGAUAGCUCGGUCAAUUGGGAUGCAGCGCGAGCGCUUGGUUCGCUCGCAUGCGAGGAUUCCGUAUUGACGAAGCGCAAUGCUGCUGUUCUCAAGAUUCUACACGUGCAGAAGUACUUCAACGCAGUGAUGCCGCGGUUACUAGAAGGAGCCAAGGGAUCGGGAAGAGAGACUGCAUAUCUGGUUGCUUUGGCAUACCUGAUCAAUGCUGUACCGAAGGCGGUCUACGUUACUCAGAUGCCCUCACUCAUGCCUCUUCUACUACGCGGACUCGACCUCGCUGACCCAUCUAUUCGUUCGCACAUUAUUAACACACUGUCAAACAAUAUUGACAUCACAUCCACUGAUAAGGACGCUGUCUCUACGUAUGCAUCGACUCUCGUGCUUGCAAUGCUUAAAAACUGUAUGCAUUCCGAGAUGCCGGAUUCUGGAGUACGCGCAGCAGCGCUCAAGUACCUGGCAUUGCUGCCAGGCACAGUACGAUAUGAUUUGCUGCAUCCUUACAAGACUCGUGUAUUGAAAGAGUUGGCAAAGACUUUGGAUGACCCUAAGCGUGCGGUGAGGAAGGAGGCGGUUAUCGCAAGGACGAACUGGUCAGUUUCUAUGUGAGCUAGUCCAUAUCCAGCGUCUGAACUAAACUAUCCUGCCAGGUACAAAUACAGCGGGUAGAUACAAUAACACUUUGUUAACCAGCACCUUGGUAAAUGAGGGAUCCAUUGUUUCUAUGGGCGAUUUUCAGACUAUCUGCUUACGACUCAUGGUCAGAACAAUGAUUAUACACCUAUGAAGAUCUACCCUACGAGGUGCACCAGAUUCUAGGCAGGCUGUUUUGUCGUUACUAAAAUCUGAUUAGUACUACAUGCUGCAGGCCGUUACUAACUACAUAGUAUGAAAGACGGUGAAGUUGAAGAACAAUUGAAUAUGUGCAGCAAAAUGGGUCUGCUACUUCUAAAGGUUGAUUGUAGCAAUGUAUUGACCAAGGGCUGCCUCUGGUUCGUCCCAAAAAACGAAGUGGUUUCCUUCAGUCUGGA